AUGUCCAAGAUUCUUGCAAUUUUCGGCGCCACCGGUCAACAAGGCAGUUCCGUCCUAAACCAUGUGCUCAACGACCCAGAACUCUCCCAACAGUACAGUAUCCGGGCCAUAACCCGCGAUGGCUCCUCCGAGAAGGCCCAGCAACUGAAAGCGAGAGGAAAUGUCGAGCUUGUUGAUGGUGAUGUGAGCGACCCCACCUCGCUAGCGACAGCCUUGACCGGCGUGCAUACGGUUUUCGCUAUGACCACCCCCGACCUUAGCGCGGACGCCUUCCAAGUCGAGCUCAACAACGCUAAGCGAAUCGCCGAUGUCGCUGUUCAGCAAGGUGUCAAUUAUCUUAUCUGGAGCACUCUCCCCGCAAUUCGCGAUAUCUCCAAGGGCAAAUACAGCGCGGUCAUCCCAUUCGAUGCCAAAGCUGCUGCCGAGGGAUACAUUCGCACUCUUCCUAUCAAAAGUGCCUUCGUAUCGCUCGGCUCAUUCAUGGAGAACCUCCAGGCUCAGACUUUCUUGGCCCCCACACAGGCUUCGGAUGGCACCUAUGUGCUAGCCCGUCACACCUCUCCCCAGGCCCAGUUCCCCUUGGUCGAUGCUGUCGGUGACACUGGCAAGUUUGUGGGCGCUAUUCUCGCUGAACCUGAGAAGUACCAGGGAAAGAGACUCCAUGCUGCCACGAAACUGUACACCGUGGAGGAGAUCACUGCCCUCCUAUCCAAGAGUUGUGGCAAAACUAUUGUCUAUAAACAGAUAUCUACCGAGGAGUUCAAGGCAGGUUUGCCUUACUUCCAGGAUGUUUUUGCGGAGGGAUUCAGCUUCAUGGAUGAGUAUGGAUAUUUUGGCCCUGGCUCGGAGGCGUUGGUUGCAGAAGCUGCGGCAAGUGCCCGGGGCAAGCUCUCCACUUUCGAGGAGUACUUAGAGAGAAACCCCUUUCAGCUUGUGUAG